ACAGGAAACUCCAGCGAUCUGUUGGAUCUGUUCGCCACUUCAACAGCAGUGGGCGACGCGGAGCGUGAGACUGGGCGUUAAAUGAGUCAAUUUUUAUGUUAUUUUUAAUCAAACAUCAUGGCAGUCAAGACACUCGACUGAUCACGGACACCCUCCGUUUUUAUUUAACUUGAGAAACUCCAAGCGCUGGGAAAACUCGAGUUUGAAGAGACUCCGUUGUGCGAGAGAGAGAAGAGAGAGUUGGGCGUGAGACGUCGCGGUGGCUAACGUCAAAGAAUAACGUUUAACCAAUUGUGCGUGAUAUUUCUUCAUUCCUCGCAUUUUUUAGCUUCUUCGACUUCGUAUAUCGUUUGAAACUCCAGAAAGAUGGGGUGCACCCUGAGCUCGGACGACAAGAGCGCCCAGGAGAGGAGUAAAAUGAUUGACAAAAACCUGCGCGAUGAUGGAGAGCGAGCGUCGCGAGAGGUCAAGCUGCUACUGCUGGGGGCUGGUGAAUCUGGAAAGAGUACAAUUGUCAAACAGAUGAAAAUCAUCCAUGAAGCAGGCUACUCAGAGGAAGAGUGCAAACAGUUCAGGGCUGUGGUCUACAGCAACACUAUCCAGUCCAUCAUCGCCAUCAUAAGGGCCAUGGGCCGUCUGAAGAUUGACUUUGCGGAUCCUGGGCGGGCUGAUGAUGCAAGGCAGCUGUUUGUGCUGGCCGGCUCUGCAGAUGAGGGAUACAUGACGAGCGAGCUGUCAGGAAUCAUCCAGCGGCUGUGGAAGGAUGGGGGUGUUCAGGCUUGCUUCAGUCGCUCCAGAGAGUACCAGCUCAAUGACUCGGCUUCAUACUACCUUAAUGACUUGGACAGAAUAUCCAGUUCUUCCUAUGUCCCAACUCAGCAAGAUGUCCUGAGGACCAGGGUGAAGACAACUGGUAUUGUAGAGACCCACUUCACUUUCAAGGACCUUCACUUCAAAAUGUUUGAUGUGGGCGGCCAGAGAUCUGAGAGGAAGAAAUGGAUCCACUGUUUUGAGGGAGUGACCUCCAUCAUCUUCUGCGUGUCUCUCAGCGACUAUGACCUCGUCCUGGCUGAAGAUGAGGAAAUGAACCGAAUGCAUGAGAGUAUGAAGCUGUUUGACAGCAUCUGCAACAACAAGUGGUUCACGGACACUUCCAUCAUCCUGUUUCUCAACAAGAAGGAUCUGUUUGAAGAAAAGAUUAAAAAAAGCCCACUUACUAUUUGUUUCCCAGAGUAUACUGGAUCCAGCACGUAUGAGGACGCGGCCGCUUACAUUCAGUGUCAGUUUGAGGACCUGAAUAAGAGUAAGGACACCAAGGAGAUCUACUCCCACUUCACCUGCGCCACCGACACCAAGAACGUGCAGUUCGUCUUCGAUGCAGUCACUGACGUCAUCAUCAAAAACAACCUUAAGGACUGUGGGCUCUUCUAAAACAAAGUGACUGCGAGUGGCCUGAUGUGAAUCUUUGGGAGAACCAGAGCAGGAGGAAGGUCAAAGUGAAACUGAAUGUUGAAUGCGUUACUUAACUUUAUAUUUAUGUUCUCCAAACAUUUUAGAAUUGUUUUAGUGCGUUUUAGGAAAGAAAAAAAAAAAGAGCAUUUUGUGUAAAAUAUUUGUACAACUGUUAUUGUUGCUGGAGUUUUUGACAGUUUUUAGAUACUGACUUGACAGGUCCUUUUUAAGGGUAUUUUUCAUUCAGUGGGAUUUGGGGAACAUCAUUCUGUCGCUUUCUGUCUUUAAGGUCAUGUGCCUUGCAGUUAAUCUUGCAGUGCUUUUUCCCCCACUUCAACUGUUAAUUAAGAGCCAGCUGAUAUUUAUCCACACAGCUUUCAUCUGUUCAGUAGUAGUCUAAACUAGAUAUGAAAGCAAGAUAUUCUUGACACCAAACACCUGUGGGAGCUAUGAAUUGAAUGGGGAAGAAUCCAAGCAUGUCAGAUUAGUUCUGAAAACCCACGCGCAGCCGUCAUUACCAGUGUGUGUGUUUUCAGAUUUGCCUGUGAUUGGAAUGAUGGAAAAACUGUGGUGAGCCUGAAAUUUGCUGAUGAAUUAGUUCCUCUGCACCUGCAAAUCUUCAACUUUUAAUGGAGAACUUGGCAAAAGGUCAACAUUUUGCAGUUUUGUUUUAUUUUUAUUAUUGAUCAAAGGGAACCAUUUUUGAAUCCAUUAAGAAGGACCAAAAAUUUUUCUUCAGAAUUCCUGUAGAACUAUCCUUUUUGCACUAGGUUCACAUACCCAUGUUACAUAAUACAUGAUUUGACAACCUGUAUAAUGUAAUUUCAUUUAGAAGCUUUCAGUAGGAGUCUUUUCUGAUAGUAACAUAUAUUUAAAAUGGUUUUAAAAUUCACAUUUCUUUAAUGUAGGUUCUCAUUGGAUGGGAACAAAUGUUGACUAAUAUUCACUAUUUUGCUAAUAAAAAAUGCUGUUGAAAUACCAGCAUCCUGAAAUAAGAU